CUGAACUGCAGGAUCGGAGCGACCUGGUCAAAACGGUGUGAAGAUAUGAAAAAAAUCAAAGGACAAAUAGAGGAGAGAGGAUCCUGGGGGAGUAAAACAGAGUUUAUUUUAGCUGUGGCAGGGAUUGUGAUUGGUCUGGGUAAUGUGUGGAGAUUUCCCUAUCUCUGCUACAAGAAUGGAGGAGGGGCGUUCCUGAUACCCUACCUGGUGUUUGUGGUUACCUGUGGGGUGCCUCUGUUCCUGCUAGAGACGGCUAUGGGACAGUACACACAGGAAGGGGGCAUUACUUGUUGGCGUCGGCUUUGUCCACUGGCUGAGGGUAUUGGGUAUGCAGGACAACUGAUUAUUUUGUACAGCUGCAUGUAUUACAUCAUCAUUCUGGCCUGGGCGCUUUUCUACUUCAUCUCCUCUUUUAGCUCCCAACUGCCGUGGGACAGUUGUGACAAUACCUGGAACACAGCUGACUGUGUGAAUCUUGCUGCAAACAAUCUGACCCUUAACCGUACAAUGCUGAUUAAUUCAACUACUUCGGUUACUGAGUUCUGGAGAAACAGAGUGCUGGUUCUUUCUGAUGGUAUUGAGCAGGUCGGUAAGAUCAACUGGGAGAUUCUACUGUGUCUUAUUGUAAUGUGGAUCAUAUGUUAUUUCUGCAUCUGGAAAGGAGUCAAAUCCACAGGCAAGGUGGUGUAUUUCACAGCUACAUUUCCUUAUGUGAUGCUGCUGGUGUUGCUAAUUCGUGGGUUGACUCUUCCUGGAGCUCUGCAGGGGAUUGUGUUUUACCUGUACCCUGAACCGGCCCGUCUCUUUGACCCGCAGGUUUGGAUGGAAGCAGGAGCUCAGAUCUUUUUCUCCUAUGCUUUGGGUACAGCCUCUCUUACUGUAUUAGGCAGCUACAAUAAAUAUAACAACAACUGCUACAGGGACAGCUUAUGGCUUUGCCUUCUGAACAGUGGUACCAGUGUGGUAGCAGGUUUUGCUGUGUUCUCAGUCUUGGGCUUCAUGGCUCAAAAACAGGGUGUCCCCAUUGACGAGGUGGCAGAAUCAGGUCCAGGAUUAGCGUUCAUAGCUUAUCCACAGGCAGUAGCUAUGAUGCCUUGUCCACAACUGUGGGCUGCUUGUUUCUUCAUUAUGAUUAUUUUGCUAGGGCUAGAUACACAGUUUGUUGCGAUGGAAGUUUUCAUGACAUCAGUGAUGGAUCUGUACCCCAUGGUGCUGCGCAAAGCUCGACGUCGAGAAAUAUUCCUCCUGCUUUUCUGUCUUUUUUGCUUCUUCAGCCAACUUGUCAUGGUUACAGAGGGGGGGAUGUAUGUAUUCCAGUUGUUUGACUACUAUGCCUGCAGUGGAGCCUGUCUUCUUUUCCUCUGUGUGUUUGAGUCUCUGGCCAUGGGUUGGAGCUUUGGGGCUGAGAGAAUGUUUGAUGUCAUUGAAGACAUGACCAACUCACGACCCAAUUACAUAUUCAUGCUGUGCUGGAAAUACCUGACUCCUCUCGUGUCUCUGGUGUCUUUUGUCUGUUCUCUUGUGAAGUACAAACCCCUCACUUUUAACCGCUGGUAUGUGUACCCGGACUGGGCGUAUGCACUAGGCUGGUUACUGGCCCUGUCAUCCAUUCUACUGGUGCCUGCAUGGGCGCUUGGGCAACUGAUUGUUGUAAAAGGAAGCUUAAAACAGCGUUGGCAUCACCUGUGUAGUCCUGACAAAAACCUCCCUGUCACCUGUAAGCAACAAACAGAAAUACAAGAAAAUACCCUAAUCAGAGAGAUGGAAGUCUUAGUCAAGUGCGACACAAGCUAAAAAAAAUGUUUGACAUUUCUUUUCACUAUUUCUGGAGGUGCUCACUCUUGCUGUUUAUUUCCACUUGUUUUUAGUGAUCUUUGUAAUAUAAUCAGC